AAAUUCUAGGGUUUCAUUUUCCCAACCGUAUUUCGACCCUCGUCGACCUUUCUCUGCAAUUCUAGGGUUUCGAAAAUGCAGAUCUUCGUGAAAACCCUAACGGGUAAGACCAUUACCCUUGAGGUCGAGAGCUCUGAUACAGUUGACAAUGUCAAGGCCAAGAUCCAGGACAAAGAGGGCAUCCCACCAGAUCAGCAACGCCUCAUCUUCGCAGGCAAACAGCUUGAAGAUGGCCGAACACUAGCUGAUUACAAUAUCCAGAAGGAAUCUACUCUUCAUCUGGUUCUGAGACUCAGAGGAGGGGCAAAGAAGAGGAAGAAGAAGACUUACACCAAACCCAAGAAGAUCAAGCACAAGAAGAAGAAGGUGAAGCUCCCUAUUCUUCAAUUUUACAAGGUCGAUGACUCUGGAAAGGUUCAGAAGAUCAGGAAGGAGUGCCCUAACCAGGAGUGCGGAGCUGGGACAUUCAUGGCGAAUCACUUUGAUAGGCACUACUGUGGGAAGUGCGGCCUCACCUAUGUCUACCAGAAAGCGGGUGCAGAGUAAAUGAAACACUUCCUUUCUGUCGAUAUGUAGGAUUUAUUUGAUAGCGUUUUUGUUCAGGGGUUUUCUGUCAUGAUUUUGGAUAAUUAGGGUUUUUUGGACCCUUUUUGCUCCAGCUUAUGGUUCAUUUAGGAAAUGGACGGAACUCUACCAGUUUCUCUAGAUACUGAGGAAGGUUUAUGCAUUUUAUGUUUGGGAUUUUGACCUUCAAGAAUUUAAAGUUUUGUUAUAUUGAUAGGUUCCUUUUCU